GUUCAAGUAGCGCGUUGUUGUAACACUGAAGUUGUGUACUCAUAAAAACAUCGAAGUUAACUCAACGCGUUACUGUUACACUGUGGUUGUUUACAUGUCGCGCUAGCUUAUCGAAAGUAGGUGAAAAUCAACGCAGUUUACUCUCGAACGGGCUCUUAACAACUGCAGUUUGCGUUGGGGGCGGACAUCACACAAAAUGAAACUGCAGGUGGACAGCGGAGUGACCUCCGAGGAACAUCCGGAGUUGUUCGAUAUCCGGGCGAUGCUUACGCAGCCGGAAGUCAAGAAACCGGGUCAGCAACCUGAUCACGUGAUUAGGGAGUAUUUUGAGAAGGGCUACAUUUUGAUCCCGGAUUUCUUUACGAAGGAAGAACUAGACUUGUGUCGUACGACUACGGAAGAAUUAGUUGAUGACUUGGCGACAAAACUGUAUAAUGCUGGAAAAAUUAAAGAGACGUUUGAGCACCUUGACCUCUUUCAUCGCCUCACGAAGCUAGAGGAGGCAUUUCCGGGCGCCAACGUCAUCCUCCACAAGGUCCCCAACAUGCCCAUGGGAUACCGAACAAUCUGGGCCAACGAGAGGCUUCUAAAUCUCGUUGAGCAGAUUAUAGGACCGGAUAUUGCCGGCAACCCCGUCUGGAACCUACGCACCAAGACGCCCCAGAGUGAGGCCACCACGGUGCCCUGGCAUCAAGACGUCGGAUACCUCGACAACUCCGCUUACAAGACGCUGAUUCCAAGCGCCUGGGUGCCUUUGUUGGACGCCAACGAAACAAACGGCUGCCUGCAGUUCGCAGAGAGCGGUCACCGCACGGGUCGGGUGGGUCUGCAUCGCUGCUGCUGGGGCGGCACGUGGUACGUGGAACUGGACGAGGGCGACAUGAAACACAAGCUAGGCGUGGACACAGAACGUGAUAUUAAGACUGUACCUGUGCCGUACGGAGGGCUCGUCCUGUUCAACAACCUUAUACCGCACCGCAGUUUGCCCAACAUGUCUGACGACGUGCGCUGGAGCCUCGACCUCCGCUGGCAGCGCCCGAGCGACCCGGAUGGACUCUGGGGUCUCAAGAAACCCGUUGUCAUGCGUCUGGCGGAUAAACCGGAAAUGGCUAUCGACUGGACGGAGUUCGAUGCGGUGGACAGACACGCCCAGCAGAAGAAAAGUGUCACUAGUGAGGACGGCGUGGCGGAGGAGGACCCUGAGUUCGACACCACGCUGCCAGGGCCUUGGAUGAAGAAGUGGGAGAUCGUACACAUGAACAAACACACGGACAGGCACGCCAGGGACGAGGCGAAGCGAGAUUAGGUGCAGAGACAAGCCAGUGAUGGAUAAGAGAGCUGAGAACUACGCAAGCUCUUAUCUCACAUCUAACAUUAUCUAAGUUCUGUUUUUGUAAGACUAGCAAUUAAUUAUACCUUUUUAGGUACACGCUUUUUCGCAGGCUUUCAUAUAUGCAUGACGUGGCUAUGUUGCUAUGAUAUCUCGUGCUGUUGUCACAGACAUCAGAAGCUUCUGUUGAACUGCGCAAGCUAGAGGUCGUUUUAUUGUCAUUAAAAUGUAUUUAAUAAAUAUGUACACACG